GUCACAUUUCGAAGACUGGGAAUUGAGGCACCGGAUGGGGUCUAUAGCGAAUACACACAGAGAGAAUUCAUCAUACAGCGCCAAAGCCCAUGACUUCGCAAAGCCAUUACCAGUCAAAGUAGCAGGUCGAUUCUCAGGCUAAAACGGAAUGCUCUGAAAAUGAUCGCGGUAUCUCAGGCAUUUGGGCGCAUCUUCCAUGUCAAUUUACGAUAGGUAAACUCAUCAGAAUACAUAGUAGAACUCAUCUGGUGGACGGUGACAUUUCCUCCUGGUGCUCGUCAGCAGGACAGCGCGUUGUAUGCUGGCAGCACAUGCUGGACCUCGUUUGCAACAUGCGGCUUGCCCACGCAUGAUGUCAGCGUGACAGUAGCUGUGACGAUCAUUCAAGCCUCGCCAUCGUCGUUGACAACCACUAAGCUCGUCUCCCUCCCUCGUGUCCUUCUUCUCUUGAAGCGCCACAUCUGUCCAGACGGAUCUAACGUCGCGAGGACUAGACUCUCAGCGCACACGACCACUCUCCACGUGUACUCCGCCCGCGUCACCUCCACCACCGCACGUACUCCGCUAGCACCAUAGAAGCCUCGAGAUGUCUGCUCCUCCACCGUGGCAAUACGUACUCAAGUUCAUCAUCACCGGCGACGCCGCCGUCGGGAAGUCCUCGCUCCUCGUCCGGCUCACCGACCAGCGGUUUCUCACGAAUCCUGACCCCACUCUCGGCGUCGAAUUCGGGUCGAAGAUGCUCACUCUGCCGCCCACACCGGACACGCCCACGCCGACCGUCGUGAAGCUGCAAGUGUGGGACACCGCUGGGACGGAGUCCUUCCGCGCGAUCACGCGGUCGUACUACCGCGGCGCGGCCGGGUGCCUGCUCGUCUACGACGUCACGUCGCGCAAGUCGUUCGAGCACACGCGGCUGUGGCUCAAGGACGUGCGCGAGUUUGCCGACCGCGAGGUCAGCGUGAUCCUCGUCGGGAACAAGUCGGAUCUGGUCGCAGAGGGCACACGGGAGCGCCAGGUCACGCUGGAGGAGGCACAGCUGUUUGCGCAGGAGGAGGGGCUUAUGUUCACCGAGGCCAGUGCAAGGAGUGGCGACGGUGUGGACGAUGCAUUCAUGACGGCGGCGCAGCAGAUCUUGAAGAAGGUGAAAGACGGGAGGUUUGACGAUGAAAGGUCUCCCGGUGUCAAACUGUCAACGCCUGGUGCGGGCAUAGUCGACGCAGCCGCUUCCAAGCCAGCAUGCUGUGCUACGUAGUGUUCCCUUUCCGAUUGGUCGUUCGUGUUGUGCCCCAUGUUAUUAAUCCUUAGUGUGUACCCGCAUCAUUCCCUCUUUGUUGCAGCCCGUUGGCAGGAUUCUUUCGUACUAGGAAAUCUUGGUUCUGCGAUCAUCUGCGAUAUGACCCCUUGGUGGCCCAAAACGAAUCUGGUUGGAAAGCGAGUCGAACAUGUUGCCAUGUGCCCCGAAACUUUUGAGUACCGGUCUGCCGAUGGGACCUACUCAGCUGUCCCGUGCAGAUGAGCUCGAUUACAUGCGCGCCGUUCCCUCAAUGUGAUGGGAUUGUGGUGAUAGGAUCCGGUGCGCGGGUUGCUUUCCCGGGGCCCAGAAGCAGAAUGAGGCAGCGAAACGCACGCCAAACAUCAUGAAGGAAGAGACAAGAAAGAAGUGAUUGUCCAACGACGAGCUCAUACUACUGUGGACUGGAUUCUACGCCUACAAAGGUAUCGUGCAGCCAUGGAAGAACAGCGCUUCGUGUCUGCAGCGCUUAGUCGUUCCACGCGGGAGAAUCACUUGAACUUGAAUUCGGGCAGCCCGUUCUCCUUCCACUUGAUCUUGUAAUCCUCUACAGCAUACUCUGAUUCUGUAUGUCGCCCAAUCAGCGCAAACGAGCGAAAUGGGGACAAAUGAGGCCCACCAGCAACAGUGCCGUCCUUCUUAGCCUUUAGCAACGAAUCUGCAAUAGCCCAGAAUCCCCUCUUCUCGUCCAUCCACGUGGUCACCAGUCCCCUGCGCGCGAUCACCACCACCCGAGGGUCCACAGCGAGCAUCUUGCCAAGAGAGCGGUCGCCGUCGAACGAAUCUGGCUCGGAAGCAACGACGAGGCACUGGAUGUGCGGGCCCCAGCGCGGUUUCUUCGGCGCCUGGGGGAAGAAGACAGCCGGGUUGAGCAGCUGAGCGAGGGUGCUGAUCAUGGUAGAGCCCUGGAACGCCAGGUGCGUCAGGCUCGAGAGCGUCGCUAGCUUGUUGAGGAGAAUCAGCGCGUGCUCCUGAGUGCGUGGGUAGUCAAGCAGCUCGAGGUGCGUCAGAGUCGCGAAGAGUCGUAUAGAGACAUCGGGGGCCGGCAGCUCGCCGGAUGGGCAGGGGAAGAGGUGCAGGACAGGUAUGCAGAGCCGACGGAGUGCAGUGAGCUUGUUAAGAGCGGGGAGGUGCUGCUCCCAUGUCUCGUUCAUUGGCGCCUCGACGACGAGGGUAUGGAUCUUCGUGCAAACGGGAAUGAUCUUCUCCAUGUAGUGCGCAUCCUUCUGUGCCAGCAGUACGACCUGGACAGCGCUCUUCAGAAACGAUUCGGCCUUAUCUUUCAUCAGAACGGUGACGAAGGUAGAUGGGAAUCGCGCGUCGAGUGAAGACGUCUUGCGGAUCCAGGUGUCGCGACUGGCGACGAUGCGGUAAAGCAGAGGUUCUAGCCUGUAGCUUCAGCUUCAGCGGCUCUGCGACCAACCGCUGCACAUUAGAGAUCAUAGGACACGCACCAUUCUCGCACCCGGGACGCGACGAGCAUGAGCUCAGCGACUCUACGUGGCUCGACCGCCGCCGCCUCCUCGAAGACGAUGCGCUCCAAUUCGGCGGGGAGGCGCGGCUCCAGUGUCGACGGGGAGGCCAUGAUGGUCGGGAGAAGAAAACCGUGCUGCUAGAGCGCGUAAUGAGGUGAUGAACAGGAUCCAUCUCUCCACAAAAUUCCUGGGUGUGCCUGGGUUGAUGACAUAAGUUCCUUGGAACACAUCAAAGUGUGAUGAUCGGCUCUGCUCAACUCACCGGGAGAUAACAUGUUUGAUGGGGAACCGCAGCCACCGUGCA